AUGAGUCACCGAGUCGCUGAUGAGCUUGGCUACAAGGAUAUGGAUAACAUCAGUGCUGCUUCAUCACGUCACAACUCGGAGAAUUUGCCAUAUGUUCACAAGGUGGGGGUACCCCCUAAGCAAAAUCUGCUGAAAGAAAUUGCAGGCACCGUGAAGGAAACUUUCUUCGCCGAUGAUCCUUUACGCCAGUUUAAGGAUCAACCGAGGUCGAGAAAGCUUGUGCUAGUCUUCCAAGCACUGUUUCCUAUUUUUGAAUGGGGAAGGAACUAUAGCCUUUCUAAAUUCAAAGGUGACUUGAUUGCUGGACUUACCAUUGCAAGUCUUUGCAUACCACAGGACAUUGGAUACGCAAAGCUUGCCAAUCUCGACCCCCAAUAUGGAUUGUAUAGUAGCUUUGUUCCACCUCUUAUUUAUGCAUUCAUGGGAAGCUCACGGGAUAUCGCUAUUGGACCGGUGGCUGUGGUGUCUCUCUUGCUUGGUACUCUCCUGCAGAAUGAGAUCGACCCAUCUGAAAAUCCGGUGGACUACCUACGCCUUGCAUUCACAGCUACAUUCUUUGCUGGUAUCACUCAAUUCACACUUGGAUUUUUCAGGCUAGGAUUCUUGAUAGACUUCCUAUCUCAUGCUGCCAUUGUUGGCUUCAUGGCUGGUGCUGCUAUCACCAUUGCCCUUCAACAACUUAAGGGUCUGCUCGGCAUAAAAAAGUUUACGAAGAAAACUGAUAUUGUCUCCGUUAUGCGCUCAGCUUGGAGUGCAGCACAUCAUGGUUGGAAUUGGGAAACUAUACUAAUAGGAAUGUCCUUCCUGGCCUUCCUCUUGGUCGCAAAAUACAUUGGGAAAAAGAAGAAGAAACUAUUUUGGGUGCCGGCAAUUGCUCCGUUGAUUUCGGUUGUCCUUUCCACCUUUUUCGUGUACAUCACACGAGCUGACAAGCAUGGUGUUCAGAUUGUGAAACAUAUUAGGAGGGGAAUCAACCCAUCAUCUUUGAAUGAAAUAUUUUUCUCUGGAGAAUAUCUUGCCAAAGGUUUCAGAAUAGGUGUUUUAGCUGGUAUGAUUGCAUUGACGGAAGCUGUGGCAAUUGGAAGAACAUUUGCUUCCAUGAAGGACUACCAGUUGGAUGGAAACAAGGAAAUGGUAGCAUUGGGAACAAUGAAUGUCGUCGGUUCGAUGACAUCUUGUUACGUGGCCACAGGAUCCUUCUCUCGCUCGGCAGUAAACUACAUGGCUGGAUGCAAUACUGCGGCAUCUAAUAUCGUGAUGUCCUCUGUCGUGCUACUAACAUUGGAACUCAUAACUCCAUUAUUCAAGUACACUCCAAAUGCAAUACUUGCUUCCAUCAUUAUAUCUGCGGUGAUUAGCUUAGUAGACAUUGAAGCAAUGACCCUAAUAUGGAAGAUCGAUAAGUUCGACUUUGUUGCUUGUAUGGGAGCCUUCUUUGGCGUCGUUUUCUCUUCCGUCGAGAUCGGCCUUUUAAUAGCGGUCUCAAUAUCGUUCGCGAAAAUCCUCUUACAAGUUACAAGACCUCGAACCGCGGUUCUCGGAAAGAUCCCGAGGACUACGGUCUAUAGAAACAUCCUUCAAUAUCCAGCUGCAACGAAAGUUCCUGGCAUACUCAUUGUUAGAGUUGAUUCUGCAAUUUACUUUUCCAACUCCAACUAUGUAAAAGAAAGGAUUUUGAGAUGGCUGGCUGAUGAAGAAGAACAACUAAAAGAAAGUUCCCGACCUGGAGUCCAGUAUCUCAUCGUCGAAAUGUCACCCGUUACUGACAUUGACACUAGUGGCAUACAUGCCAUGGAAGAGUUACUCAGAAGCCUUGAGAAGAGAGAUGUUAAGCUUGUUUUGGCAAAUCCAGGGCCAGUUGUGGUUGACAAGCUCCAUGCAUCAAAGUUUCAUGAGAUGAUAGGGGAAGAUAGGAUCUUCCUCACCGUGGAAGAUGCAAUUGUAACAUGUGCUCCAAAAAUGGAUUUGGAACCAUAA